UUUUAUAAAAAAAGGUGAAAAAAUCGACUUCGUGGAAGCUCACUUUUUGUGUUGUCACAGUUAUCAGUUUUUUUUUCGGGGUUUUAGUGUUAGUCAACGACUGAAAAUAGAUUACCUUAUCUUCAGCGGCGGAGCCCACGAAAAAGCUGAAUAUUUUAUUGUAAUAUUUUAUCGUUUUAUCGCCGCUGUGAAAACAAGUGAAAAUCCCGUUAUGUUGUGAUUUUUAUGUGCAAAUAUUCCGAAAAAUGUUCAAAAUUGAAUCGUACAUCACACCGAUAAUCCUAAGCUACGUGGAAAAGUAUGUCAAAAAUAUCCGUCCGGAGGACUCACAGGUGUCCCUGUGGGGAGGCGAGGUGGUAUUCCAAAAUUUAGACCUGAAGUUGGAUGUGCUGGAGGAGGAACUAUCCCUGCCGUUCCAGUUUCUUUCGGGGCAUAUUCACGAGCUUGCGAUCCGGGUACCGUGGACGAAGAUAGCAUCGGAACCGAUUUUGAUUACCAUCAAUACCAUCGAGUUUGUCCUGAAACUGCAGGAAGCGGAGGAUCGCACCGUACUGAAGAGGGAAGGUAGCAAAAAAAGACUGAGUGCGGAGGAGGCACCUCCACCAGGUUAUAUGUCUUCGCUGAUAAAUAGGAUUGCGAAUAACAUUUCAAUUCGAUGUCACAACGUAAUUCUGAAAUACGUGGAAGAGGAUAUUGUGGUGUCGAUGAAUAUUCAACAGUUAUCGAUGGAAUCCGCGGAUAGCAACUGGAAUCCGGCCUUUAUUGAUAUUUCGCCAACUAGAGUUUUGUUGAGGAAGUUGAUUAAUGUUGUUGAUUUGACGAUCUGUUUGGACAAGCGAAAUUCUGCUGGCAAGAUAGAGGUGUGUCAGGAACCGGUACUUUACAGGAGUACUCUGCAGAUUCGCGCUCUGAUGAAGUAUAGCAAUGUUCCGGCACAGGAUCGAUCGUCUAUCACGAGAAUUGAUGUUCACAGUAAGUUUCUGGAUGUGAAUGUGUCCUCUCAGCAAUUUCCGAUGCUGAUGCGGCUGUUUGAGCUGGGGAUGGCGUUGAAACAGGGAAAAAUCAAAAGUGAAACCUCUCUGGGUCAGGACAGCGGAACAGAGGGUGAAGGAGAAGCUAGUCAGGAAUCACUGCUUUCGUGGGCUUGGAAUCUACUGCCGUCGUUCUUCCCAGAGGAAAACGAGAGUGACUAUUCGGACGAUCAUGCGUUUCACGUUUUUCACUCCGGAUGCUACGUGGAUCAUUUGAGAAUGAUUUUUAAAACGCAGGAACUGGUGGGAGAUAGCGUGGUUGGUACGGCCAAAAAGAUAAAAUACAAUCCAUUUCUGAAGCUGGAUUUGAAUGGCGUUCACGGAGAGGUGGUUAUGUGCGGUCUGAAAUGGUUUAAUUUCAGUGGAGGCAUUGCUAAAAUUAGUCUUCAAUCGCUUGAUGAUUGCCCGUGUGGACAACCUUUAACUAUUCAGCAGAUACUUCAAAGUGAGGUUUCGGAUUGGGUGGAAGAUCAGCAUGUAAGAAGUUCAUUUUUCGACGAUAGUUCAGGCGAAACGAGAAAAUAUAAUGUUAACUGGAAUUACCAUUUGGGGACGUAUAGCCAGGAUGUUAUGCUGAACAAAUCGCCAGCUAUAGCCAUGGAUAUAGUACAUGAAGUACAAGUUCCGGACGAUCGUAGAACUUCGGAGUUCGGAAGCGAUUUAGAGUUCAGUAAUCUGUCUGAAAAGUACAUGAUCAGAGCAUUUGUAGGGAAGUUUUGUCUCAAAUUCGGUGCAGACACUCUUCAUCGAAUGAAGACGUUGAUAUCUUAUAAAGACGCCUAUGAAUAUUCACCGUACUACGAUGAAAAACCUACUCCUAGCAUGCAACAGCUGCCGCCUCCAUCGGCGGAAGACUACGAUGCUUUGAUGAGUGAGAUCCCUCUGAAACAGGUUCACAUCACAAUAAUGACACCGGUUGUGGAAUUACACCCGUUCGAUCAUGGCAAAUUCCAGCUUGGUCGGAAACGCAGCAAAAUAGUUCCAACUUCAUCAAAUCCGACGAUUUCCGUUGAGUUUAACCGAAUCGAAUGUAACAUUUUAACUCCGUUAUACCCAAAUCGACUGAUCUUCACUACCUGUCAACUUCCGGAACCACCGUCUAAACUUUUCGAUAGUUGUUUCCAAUCAAUCUCCGUAAAUUUGGAACGUUUCCAAGGAAAACUGUGUUUUAAUGAAUCAGAAAUGCUCAUCGGAACUGCCAUUAACCUAAAUCUACAGUAUCGAUUCAUCCUCCUACCGGAACUUUGGCCCAACAAUGAAUUAAACAAGAUGGAACAUAAAUUCGGCGUUUCCGAUCUAAAACUCGUGCUUAAUCCGCAUCAAGUUCUAGCUGUUUCAUCCAUACUUUUAUCGCUUACGAAUCAAACUGCUUCAUUUCAUCCUACAUUGGAUCUUCACGCAAAUGUUUCCUCCCAAACAGUUCCAAUGCUAGAUCUUAAUAUAUCCCAUGUGCAAUUGCGCCAGAUCCAUUCCGAGGGAACUGUUUGCUACAAGCUGACAUCACGUAGUCUACGCUGCCUGUCGUUCAUCCCAACGACGGCCUCUACGCAAAGAUCUCUCACAGCUCUCUGGCCAGAUCACUCCACGGAUGAAGAUUUCCUAACAGUUAUUGUUCAACUACCGAUCGAUCGGAGCUUCACUCAAUUGGAACAUCCUCCUCUAUUCUACGGUCGUUUCCUCGCUCUCAGCCUCAAUCUAGAUCCCGUUCUGUACGAGUAUCUAAACAUCCUGCUGGAACAGAAUGCCCUGCUGAACGAAGAUCCUUUGGUUCGGAGCCAAACACGCCACUCGCUCAGUCCUCAAAAAUCAAAAGAACGAAUUCAACUGCCGAAAAAAACCCAAUCACAACCGAUCACCUCGGUGCACUCAGGCUCGGAUAAAGUGGUGGAUACCCGACCGCAACCAGCCCGCCCGAUCAUCGGAUCGACCGUCAUCGAGGACGAAGAUGUGAAACGGGAGGGGUCCAAACCGGUCGAAACGGCUGAUACGGAGUUCUGGAAACAGCUUACCCGGCGCAUCAUUUUUCAUUUGGAGUUUUGUCACUGUACGGUGUAUUUUCCGGAGAAGAGUAUCGUUCAGGAAUCGAUUGGCAGGUGUGAACCGGCAGAGGAGUUUGGCGAUAAUGAAAUCCUGAUGUUGAAGCUCCCCCUCAUCACCAUCAACUCGGCCUUCAAAUCGACGAGCCUGUCGGCCGGCAUCAACCGUUUCCCCAUCAGCCUUGCGAAAGCGGUUUGGUCGGACGACCGGGAAAGCUUCCCGUGGACCAUUUCGCUGGCCAAUACCUCCAGUUGGACCUACCAGAACAGACAGAUGAGUAAACUACUGGACGAGAUGACCACCAACAUUUCGCUGGUGUUGAACUUCAAAGAGGACGGUGUUGCGUCGUCGGCCUGCUUCCACGUGGACACUUCACCACUGAAGGUGAACCUGUUCAAAGAUCAACUGGUGCUGGUGAACGCGACUGUUCAGAGAGCUCUUUCCCUACCGAUGUUUGAGUUCACCCGGGAGCUUGGUGGUAAGAAGGAACCUCAACUGUUGGAGAUAUCGCAGAAAUGUGGUAGCACAGCAACGGCUGCUGACUUGAAAGAGUUUUUGGAUAUUUGUCAUAAUUCAAGUGCGACUUCGGAGGAAACGUUGAAGGAGGGUAGUAGGAAGGAUACGCUACCGGUGUCGAUCUGGAUGCAGUGGACAUUCUCCAAAGUGACAUUAAAUUGCAUCGCCAAAGACGAAAGUGGUCAGUCGAAAGUUAAACUGAUUGUCGAACUUGAGGACAUUAUCUAUAGUUUGGAUAUGCAGGAUGUUUAUCUGCAGAUUAAGGCAAAGGUUGGCGGUAUGAGCGCUCAAUGUUAUGAAUUUGAUGACGGAAAAGAAAGUUGGAUUAAAAAUGAAGCUUUUGGAUUGACGGUACAAACAGAUGCCGGGGGCUCGAGCAAAUCGGGAAAUGAUACAUUCCUCAACUUGACUAUUACUAAGGCUGAAACUACCAAUGUUCACACCAAGUGGGAUGCGGUUAAGAAAAACAGGGAACAGAAUGAAACUUUGAUUGAGGUGAUUUUGAAAAUUGAACAGGUUGAUCUGCGACUGGAUCUUGAUUUACUGGAACAAUGCGCCGACGUGUUGACUAUCUUUUUUCGAAAGGAAGAAAUGGAUACUCCCAAAACUGUUCUAGGGGUGAAAGACCUACCACUGAUACUGUUUUCAAGCAAAGGUUUGCGGUUGUUCGUCCCAUUGCGUACAAGCUCCGACAUUUGUAAUGCGUAUAUAUUUAAGAUCAAUUCUAUCACCAUGCAUCACAACGUAGAGAAUCCGAUUUGUCGAAUUCCUUUACGACCAGACGUUUACACGAAGGCUGCCCAAAUGCGUAUCCUUAAUGUUCCAGGGUCGAAAAUCGAAGAUCGACAGUACGAACUAGUUCUGCGGGACAUCUCCCUGAGUACUGCCCGUUGGUCAGAUAUUGUGACUUACAUCGAAGAACAAACCUCCACAACGGCACACCACGACAACCCGGCAUUUGAGUGGAACAAUUUGCAGGAUGUCCAGCGAUCAACCGAUUUUGAAGUUAACACUAUUUUCAAAGAAUUCCAUUUCUCGGUUGUCUACGCUCCCUGUAUCAUUUAUAAGCAUGUCUUGAUUUGUGGCCAAGCUAUGGAACUCAACUGUAUGUCCGACCUGUUGAUGGAUCUUGAUCUCGAUCAACUACGACUGGCAGGUCAAAUCCUUCGAAAAUUAACCAACAUCCUACACAUUAUAACGCCUUCGCCGCAGCAGUCGACCUCAUCUCAAAGCAGCGUUAUUGAUUUUAACCCUGCUCUUUUCACGAGUCCUCCCAGUCAGGACACGAUAAGCAUUGAGUCAGUAAAAUCGUUUCGGGAUACGGAGCCACCCCGGAACCGGCGAAGCUACUCAAAGCUGUCCAAGUUUGAAGAAGAUUCUGGGGUUGAAACAUUCCGAACCUCCGAUGUAAAGCAUGCCGUUGCCUCCAGUAGCAAACGAAGUGGUGGUGGUUCGCGCCAACGAAAGUUUUCAACUAGAUCAUCGUCUGAGCAGAUAAAAUCGUCAGUUGGAUUACCGCCGAAUCAACCAACUGUUCCGUACGAAGUGUGUUUCUUGGGUGGAUACUUCAAGGUAAACCUCUUCGGCAAGAAGACUGCCGUCGAUGAAGAACCACGACCAUUAUUCCGUGUAGUGUUGGCUCAGCCAAACGGAUUCCUCUCAUUGAAUUUGUUAGAGCGAGUUGUUCAAAUUUCCCUGUUUGACUUGAUCGUAGAACUGGAUGAUCUUUUUCUGUUGAAAACACUCUCUGGUGAACCGGAUGAUCUAGGAAUACCUCAACCUAUCGUGAAGACCCGUUUCAUCAACAGUUUGACCAAGAAAAACAACGAACUGAAUGUGGAUUUUAUGCGACCCAUUAAGUUUUCUAUCUCCCAUCAAAAAUUGACAGUUAUUCAAGAUCUUUUAGAUAUUUUGAACGAAUCUGUUGGUGGACCACCAGUCAAAGCAUGCAGCGCAAAACCAUCUAAAAAGCUGCCGAAACCUAUUCUGAGUCGAAACAAAUUCAAAACGAUCAAGUCCAACUUGUACGACAUAGAAACAGUCAAUGUGCGACUUUCGCAAAUGAUGAUCCACCUGCAGGACAAAGAUCAGAAAGCAUAUAACUGCAAGCUGUCCUUCUCGUGCAUUCAGUCAUCGCUACGCGCGCAAGAUCGUCCCGAGCGAUUGUCGUUCAGUUUGGACUUGGAGGAGUUGAUCUUUUGUCAGGGCUCCUUCGUGAUCUUGCACCCAUUUUCGUUCAAUCUGCAGGCCACAUUAUCGCAAGAGUACUGGAAGCGUGAUCCUUUAAUACAAAUGAAGCUACGUUCAAGCUACCUGCAACUGGAUUUCAAUCCAAAAAAUUUGAACGAAAUUCAAAGAAUGACAGAACUAUUCAACCAAGCGCUGGCAGCAAGAACACCCGGACAAAGUGAAACUCGUACCCCGGACAUGAAACGUGCCAAUAUUAAUCCAAGUAAAGAGAAUUUAAUCCCGUUAAAUGCUCCCAGCUUCUCUCGCCGAGAGUCCAAAACAUCCCAAGAAGAACUUUACCAGGAUGAUCUUCGAGCUGGAGCAUUUCAGUUUAUCGAGUCUACCAGAAUGAACGAGCUUCCGUUGCCGUACCAAAUCAAAAUCAUCAACCAGGACGUUGGAAUCAUCUGUUGGCGAUAUCCUCAGCCACGCGCCUUGUACAAUGUGAACGUAUAUCCUGUGCCGAUGAAUACAGCCAAACCGCUCAGCAUUCAGUGCAGGUUGGAAUACUUUUCCGACAUCUUCGGCGACUUCUUCGAGCUGUGUCAGUUUACGCUGUCCGAAAACGAAAAAAUCGACCUGCAUCUUCCCUCGCGCAAAAUCGCUGCCGCUAUCUGGCGAAUCGUAAUGACCCAGAGUGUAAUCAACGAAAACGACGACAGUGAAAACGCAGAAUACUCCGACGGACUCAGCGAUUCCGCAGAACAGAGCAAAUCAAUUAUCGCCAACAUUACCGACGCUCUGAAGGAUACUUAUCUGGUCACCGGACGGAUCGUUAAUCUGCCCUACAGACUGCAUCCGAAAAUAUUCGUCGCUUGCAUGCGGGUGGAUUCAAUGUUCACACCCGGGCUGAUUCCGAAUGUAGAAUUAACAGUGGAACUACGACCAGUUCAAGUCAACUUUUUCAACGUGUUUGACUUUCAGAUGGAAUCAAAACUUCCGAAACCAUUCGAGCGCUAUCGAUUCUGUAAGGAAACGUUGGAGUCGAAAAGUCACAAAUUUCUCAUGCUAAAUGCCAGCCUAUUUCGAGUGCACACUGCCAUCUAUGACAACUUUGACGUACUAGUGAGUGGAGAACUGAGCUUGCACUGUGAUCUGUUAGAUUACAGUCAUUUUACGUUCGAGAAUGUGUUGGAACUUGUGGAUUUAAGAGCGAUAGCUGCUAUCGAAGAAGACUCGCUGGAGCUGAAGGCGAUUUCCGAUGACAUUUCGAUUCGGUGCGGUCCUUCAAUCGUGUACAAUUUACUGGUUGCAGAAAAAGUUUGGAACUCUCCGGAAGAAUCAGUGCUAAUGUACGGAAAGUACAUUGUUUGUAAUCAUACCCACGUCGGUUUAAAAAUCGGUCAAUUCGGAACCGGAGAAUACACCUUUAUCGGCACGGAGGAACUAUGUAUGUACGUUUUUAGGAGCUUUCAUAACAAGCAACAGUUGCAGAUUGUUUUCAAUGAAAAUACCAAAGAAGUCGCCUCGGAACCAUUCUCUGUGGCAAAGGAAGGCUUGUUCUAUGUGAAAAUCCUUCCGAUCCAUGAAGAGGACGUGGAAAAUGAUAAAUUGUUCGUGGUCCGGGUGGAAAAUUUGAGCAACGCUCAGAAACGAAUCACAAUCGAAGGUCAGAUCAGCUUGUUCAAUAUGACUGACCAGCGGUUGAAAGUUCAGUAUCGGUUCUAUAAGAUCAUAUCGCAUAGUGACAAGCACUAUGUGUCCACCGGGUUUCAAAUCGAUGGAAACUCGAACGCCAAUGUUUUCGAAGCGGCCAACAACAGAAAUCAGCAAAGCUUCAAGAUUGCGAUUGAUGGCGAAAAGAAAGGCUGGUCUGGAGACAUUCCAAUGCGGGAAAUUAUGAACGGUUCGAAGCCUUACCUGGUAAAAAUUCCGACCGCGAUGACAAAGGAAGGAUAUCUUAGCUACUGGGUUAGGAUUAUACGGGAAAGGAUUGGCGAGUGUGGUGAUGAUAAGGAUCUAUUCAAUGAACGAGUACUGGUGAUUGUUUGGCCACUGUUUAUGGUGCAAUCAAUGUUGACUGUUAAUACGACGGCCUAUGAGGAAAAGACUGAUCAGAAUUUUUCGGUAUACGGACAAGGCGAACGCCGGCAGCUUGUCAUCUCCGGUACCAAUUCUGACGAGCAUGAGUUGCUAUUCCGCAUGAACUUCAAAUCCCCGCAUGGUGAAGAUAAGAGGAAAGCUAUGCUAUCCUACCGCCUAGUCGACGGUCGAUCCUUCUUCCAAGUGCCUGAACAUUUCCGUACCGUGGAAACGGCGAUCGAGACACUGCAGAAGUGCCACCGCAUGCAGUGGCCCUGCUCCCGGGAGGACGAACUACGCUGGAAACGAGACAAUUCCAUUCAGGAAGCUACGCUACCCCUAUACCGUUGUGCAGCCGCACACGAGCUAUCCUGCUGCCUGAUGUUGAGUAUUGCGCCCUGGUGCCUAUUUAUUAACCAGCUUGGCUGCCGGGUACGACUGAAAAACUAUACCACCGACGAGAUUAAUAUAGUGGAACCGAAUAAUAUUGUUAUGCCGGCUUACAUUGAGACGGGGUUUACGCUGGAGUUGGAGCUAGGAGUUGAACUGCAAUCGGAACCGAUCUAUCUGAACGGUGAGGCGAAAAAACAGUCAUCCAGUAGUUACGUGUUGCCAGCGGAAGGUUCAGUGGAGAUUACGUUGCGGUCGGAGAGUAUGGUCUCGCAUCUGGUGCUCACAUCAACGACGGAAAACAACAUCAGAGUACUACUCGUCGCAUCGCAAUUCAUAGUGGCAAACUAUUCCAGCCAUAAUCUACGCGUUUGGUGUUUUGCAGUUUUGACGAGCGAACGUUUAGAUCAAAUCCGUCAGGAUGAAAACGAUCCUCACACUGGCGCUCUCAGUAUUCCCCGGAAUGACCGAAAGAGCGACAACCCGCAAGGAAUCACUGUGACCGCCUUCAGUAACCUUUCCAAGCACAAAAACAAGCUCAAGUUCAACAGUACCUACAACUGCUACCUGACACUGUAUCAGCAGGAUGGCAAGGAGUUCUCCGCUCCUAUCUACCUCAAUCGGGCGCUGUCCCGGAAAAGUUUCUGCGUGCAAUUUAACGACCGGUUCAUUGCCCUCUCGCUGUCGAUCGUGGGCCAUCGUGAGCAGCGCUUCGUUUCCAUCUACGACGAUCGGUGUCCAUCGUUUGCGGUGGAGAAUCGAACCGAUUUCAACAUUUACGUUGCUCAGUCGGACUCGAAGGAUGCUAGCAAACCGGCCCGUACGGCCGUACCCGAGUGUGCCGUCGAUUCCAACUUUGUGUGGUAUCAGAUUGUCGGUUCCCGGCAGACUGUGUUCUAUACCCCACCGGCGCUGGAUGCGGUUUUCCCCGAAACACAGGAGGUUGAAAUUGCACUGAUAUUUGCCUGCGUUAGUGGCAGUGCAAUACGGUGGUCUCAUCCGGUAAAAAUUGACGAAAGCAAGAACAUUUUCCUCAACAUUCCAUUGUAUGGCGAUCUGAGGCUGGCUGUGAAUAUUGGAAAUAGGACUACCGAGAUCCUAAUCGAUUACAUAAGUCAGGAUCUGGAACUCUCGUCAAAAAAUAUUCGCACUCGACUACCAAACCCGAAAGCACUAUCAACAUCGUCCGAUCCGCUGUUAAAACAGGAUUCCUUCACGUCAUUCAGUACGAAUUAUACCUCUCCGACUCAGUCCAGUUUGUAUCCGCCGCUGCAAUCCAAACGCAGUUCCUUCCGUGGGUUCUUCAAAUCAAUUAAUUUGACACUGUUCAACGACCAGGAAGAGAAAUGUUGCUCCAAGCGGGAUCUUAUUUCGUUCAAUUGUGAUCGGAUAGGAAUAGAAAUGAACUCAGGUGCGGAGGGGAGUAAAGUUUUGGUCCAGUUUGUCAAUAUUCAGGUGGACAAUGAACUACACAGUAGUGGGGAGUACGAUUUUCCAGUAAUUCUGUGUAGUGAGGAUCACGAAGCGAAACAACGGAGAGCGAAUGUGAUGCCAAGUCAGCACACUUUGGAGGACCAUCUGGAAGAAUUGGCCCGACAUGCGCUGUGCACUAUUUUCGCCGAGAUGGAAGCGGGUAGUUUGACGGCGGUCGAAGGUAUCAGGCUUAAAAUCAAUCCUAUUCGAGCGUACAUUGAGGACACUUAUAUCAACAUUCUGUUGGAUUAUCUGAUGGAAUGUCUACCAAUGAAUCUACUGUAUCAGCCAGAGAUCGCUUCAGAACGUGUGAAAUGUCCCCCAGGACAAGUAUUGAUUCCACGAAUAGUGAUUCAACAGUCUUCCUACUUAGCAGAUCCUAUCAAAUUGCGAUAUAUUCGAAUCGAACCACUUCACGUACUACUCUCCGUCCACACGUGUAUGCGACUCUACAUCGCAUUAGACCACAGCCCGUUGGAUUUUUCGUUAUUCGAACGAAACCAGGUUCGAACGCUACCGAUGCGUUUUGGAAACUGUCUUGGAAUGCACUACUUAUCGGGAGCGAUCUUCGGUGGAGGUUGGGUAAUCGGGUCGCUGGAAAUACUUGGCAGUCCCAGUGGACUAGCAAGAUCAGUGACAAGUGGCCUUCGUGACUUUGUGUCACUUCCCGUGCAAGGUCUAUUUAGAGGGCCUUGGGGUUUUCUAGUGGGCCUCACGCAAGGAUCUACUUCACUUGUUAGAAAUAUAACCGCUGGAACGGUAAAUUCUGUCACCAAGCUUGCCACGUCAGUAGCAAGGAACCUUGAUAGGUUGACGUUGGAUUCGGAGCAUGUGCAGCGGACAGAUGCCCUUCGCCGACGACGGCCUCAGGGGAUGACGGAAGGAUUCACACAAGGUUUAACUGGGUUAGGCAUCAGCAUACUGGGAGCUGUCGGAGGGCUAGCUCAUCAUCCACUGCAAGCUAAGCGACCGAUCGACGUUGUGACUGGUGUGGGGAAAGGUAUUGUCGGUGCCUUUGCGAAACCGAUCAGUGGGGCUGCGGAACUAGUGGCUCUCACCGGUCAAGGAAUGCUGCAUAGCGUGGGGUAUAACACGAUGCCAACUCCAAAGUAUUUCGAACAGGAAAACCAUCGGCUGGAACCAAUUCCGUACAAGGCGUUAUGGGAGCCGCAGAUUGUUUGCGAGGGAUCGUUACUCUUCGCAGUUCAAGCCACUCUAGUCACCAGUCGGAAUCAGUACACGCUGGUGGUGGUUGGUGUAUAUCUGACAACACUAGUCUUGCUGAAUGUUGGUCAGGGUCAGCUGCUGGAGGUACUGGAUCUUAAGACGAUCCUUCCGAGUGUGGAUGCGAUCGAUUCGUCGCAGGUGAUAUUACGGAUAAGGCCGGAGUUGCCUCCACCACCAGUGGAUUAUAUGUCCUAUCCCAUCUCCAGUCGCACCUACCAGUUCGUACAGGAAUCGACCCUGCAGCUGCCGAAACUGUCCGGCUAUACACUGCCUCCGCUGGCGAAACCGACCUUACCGCAAGGUUUGGAUAGGAACCCAGAUCGUACAUUUUCGACGACCGCCGGUGGUCUCGAGUCUAGCUCGCUGGUGAUCUUGGAAGAUGACGAUGAGCCGAAUCGCACUCGCGAUGUACUGGAAAACGCGAUCGUCGACGCAGAUGACUAUGGACAAACAACGGUGGACGUUCCCGUCAUCGAAGGUGACGAUAGUCGACCGGAUGAGAACGAACGUCGUCUGGUUUUGUAUGUCGACGAAAGUUUGGCACGGUAUCUGGUGAAGUAUGUAAAUUUGUUGAAGAAAUGUCAACAACCGACCGGUACGGUCGUAUUCGCACCGUUUGACGGUAAAUAACAUUCCACGGGCUAUUGCUUGACCGAUUAGGGAAUCCAACCGUUCGAAAUGGUUAGGUUAGCGAUGGUUUGGAAUCGUGUUCCAAACAUAAAAUUUUAGUCAAUUUGAAA